CAUUGUGUUUGUAGGCUUGUCCCUUGUCACUUUGUGAGUAGCAAACUGUCAAAAGUAGUCAGUAGUCACUAAUUGUCUACAACUAUCUUCCACAUCAGGCUAUACUCAUCAUCUCUCUUCCAAAUAUCUUCUCCUUUUUCCCCACUUUUCUCUCCAUUUUCCUCUUCCUUCUUAAACCCAUCAUCCAAAGAACCCACCUGAAAAUUCUAAAAAAAUUAACAAUUUUAUUGCUUCAAUUAUUGUAUUAUUUCUCAACACUUUAUUGGGCUAUAUAAACCUAUAAAAUAGUUGUACAAACCCCUUUUCAUUCUACUAUUACCUUACAAAAUUGUACUUCAAAAUCUCUUCACAACUUAGUUGUGUUGGUAUUUGUUAACUUUCUAGUUGUGCGGGUAUUUGUUAGUUGUCUUCAAAAUCUCUAACAAUCUAGUUAUGUGGGUAUCUAUGUACUCUAUUUAACAACUUAGUUGUGUGAGUAUCUGUUAACCGUUUAGUUGUGCGAGUAUUUGUUAGCUGUCUUCAAAAUCUCUAACAAUCUAGUUAUGUGGGUAUCUAUUUACUCUAUUUAACAACUUAGUUGUGUGAAUAUCUGUUAAGUGUCUAGUUGUGCUGGUAUUUGUUUGCUAUCUUCAAAAUCCUUUAACAACUAGUUGUGUGGUAUCUUAACUAUCAUCAAAAUCUCUUUUAGAAACUUAGUUGUGUAUCAUUUUAUAGGUAGAAAAACAAGUUUUACUUGCUCUUUUUUCCACAUCACACUUCAAAAUUCAAUCUUUUUCUAGAAAACAAAAAACCCAUUAAAAAAUGCAAGAUCCAUCAUCAUUAUUAGUAUUUCCACAACUAAAACAACCAGAAUUUCCAGAAUUUCCAGAACAAGAACAACUAAAAUGCCCAAGAUGUGAUUCAAAUAAUACCAAAUUCUGCUAUUACAAUAACUAUAAUCUUUCUCAACCUCGCCAUUAUUGUAAAAAUUGCAAAAGAUAUUGGACUAAAGGUGGUUCUCUUAGGAACAUUCCUAUCGGUGGUGGUACCCGCAAAAUCACCAAACGUACCUCUUCAAAACAGCGUUCUUCUACGGAUCCGGGUCCGGAUCUGAACUUGGCAAAGCCAAAAGGAAGCGGGGUGGUGGGUAUCAGUAUGGUAUCAGAAGGGCAAUUUGGUAAUAUGAUACUAGAGGAUAUGGGCUUAAAUGGGUUGAAAACGGGUCAGGGUAAUGGAUCGGAUCUGAAUCUGGGUUUGGAGUUGUUACAUGAGAAUAAUGGUUCAACAUCAGAAGGGUUGAUUUUGGGUGGUGGUGAUCAAUCUUUUUGGAAUGGUACUAAUAAUGGAUGGCCUGAUCUUGCUAUUCACACACCAGGUUCUAAAUUUCAGUAAAAUUAUUUAUGUAUAAUAAAAAUUCUUAUUUAAUAAUAUUUUGAUUUAUAUAGAAGAAAUGGUUUAUUUCUUUUAUGGUUUUGAUUAAUCAUCAAAAAUAGAGUAGUUUAUUUAUUUAUUAUUAUACUAAAUGUACUAUGUUUGUGAUGACUAAUGAGUAAAUGUUUACUUGAGUUAUGUGUUGUCAUAUACAA